UACUUAUUUAUUUACUUAUUUAUUUACUUAUUUAUUGUGUUUGUUAUUAUUACUAUUUCACUGAAAAUACCCUUUAUCAGAAAUGUCUCCAAUUAUGAAUGAUAACGCUCGUCCUGAGCCUGACACUGUUUUAACAGACAUUGCAACUUAUAUCCAUGAUUACCAAAUUGACUCGAAAGUAGCCAUUGAUACUGCAAGACUUUGCCUUCUCGAUACUUUGGGCUGUGGUCUAGCUGCUUUAAAAUAUCCUGCCUGUUCAAAACUAAUUGGUCCAACUGUUCCUGGCACCAUUGUUCCCAAUGGUUCCAGAAUCCCCGGUACUCCUUACGUCUUGGACCCGAUUAGAGCUGCUUUUUCAAUUGGCGCCAUUAUUCGUUGGUUGGAUUUCAAUGAUUGUUGGCUAGCUGCUGAAUGGGGCCAUCCUUCUGACAACUUGGGUGGUAUCCUAGCUGUAGCCGAUUACUUGACCAGACUUUAUAAAUCCACUGAUGGAAAAGAAGGAAAAAUCUUUAAAGUCAAGGAUUUACUAAAUGGUAUGAUAAAAGCCCAUGAAAUCCAAGGUUGUUUAGCUUUGGAAAACUCCUUCAACGCUGUUGGUUUAGACCAUGUCUUGCUCGUCAAAGUUGCCACAACCGCUGUUGUAUCUCAAAUGCUCGGCUUAUCCUACCACCAGACAAUUGAUGCUGUUUCCCACGCCUUUAUAGAUGGCCAGAGCUUAAGAACCUACAGACAUGCUCCAAACACAAUGUCCAGAAAAUCUUGGGCCGCUGGGGACGCCUGCUAUAGAGCUGUCAACUUGGCUUAUCACGUUAAAAAUGGUGAAUCCGGUAUGCCAUCUGCUCUAACUGCCAAAACCUGGGGUUUUUUCGAUGUCUUAUUCAACGGACACCCAUUCAAAUUCCAAAGACCUUAUGGCUCCUAUGUCAUGGAAAACGUCCUAUUCAAAAUCUCAUUUCCAGCUGAAUUUCAUGCUCAAACCGCUGUUGAAGCCGCAUUGAUCCUACACCAAAAACUAAACCAUCUAAACAAAUCUCCAUCUGACAUCAAAUCAAUCACCAUCAAGACUCAAGACGCUGGCAUGAGAAUCAUCGACAAAAAGGGCCCCUUGUACAACUAUGCCGACAGAGAUCAUUGUAUCCAAUACAUGGUCGCAAUUCCCUUGAUUUACGGCAGAUUAA